AAGAAUCUGAAUUUGCUUUUCUUCUUCAUCUUCACUGAGAGAACCCUAAACCAUUUCCGCCGCGGCGUUUCCCCCACAAAUCUCCUGAAUCAAAUGGCGAAUCUCCGAGGAGUCCUACUCAACGUAUCUUCCUAUUGCCAACGAUCUUUCUCCCAAUCGCAUUUCGCAUCUUCGGGGCUGUUAUGCCGAUCAGUGGUUAACCAUCCGAACAAUCUCGGUCAAAUCCAAGGUAGACUCUUCACGACGACGCUUAUGAAAUCGGGACCGAAGCACAGCGGAACGGAGCAAGGAGUGAAGCGAAACAGUGCGGAUCACAGACGUAGAUUGCUAGCUGCUAGACUCGAACUGAGGAGAAAGCUAUACAAGGCGUUUUGCAAAGAUCCGGAUCUUCCAAGCGAAAUGAGAGACAAGAAUCGUUAUAAGCUAUCGAAAUUGCCAAGGAACAGUGCCUUUGCGCGAAUCAGAAACCGUUGUGUGUUUACAGGUCGGUCUCGUUCUGUGACUGAGCUGUUUAGGGUUUCUCGAAUCGUUUUCCGUGGAUUAGCAUCUAAAGGUGCUUUGAUGGGAAUUAAGAAAUCUUCUUGGUAGCUGCAUUGUGUUACUGAUCCAAAGGAAGAAAUGGGAGCAAGGAAUGAAAGAACUGUUGCGGCUACUAACUUUUAUGUGGUAAAUACGAUUACCCAAGUAGUUGUUUGUAUGAUGGUGGAAAGAUUUUAACGCCAUCACAAAACUUAGUUUGCUUGUUUUUUUCACAAGUGCUGCUCUUUGUUUACGAUCUCACUCAGGGUUAUGAAGUUAUUAUGUCAGUAGUUCUAUUUGAAUAAGAUAAACACCAUCAUAUAUUGUCAAAUCUUAUUUUGCUAAUCACAAGUGAUGUUGUUCUCGCU